CGGCCGGGAGGGCUGGCCAGGCCGCUGCACCUGUCAGGUGAGGGGGAGGAGAGACCCAGCUGCCAGAUUCAACUGGAAAGAAACCAGUCCCUGCCUCUAACUACGGCUUGGGAGUAGAGAGCAGGAGACAGCUCAAACCUCCAGGAACCCACAGUCCCUGAGGCUCAAGAAAGCCGAGAGGAAGCCCGAGCCCAUGAAGGAGGAAAAAACUUGAGCAUGAGGGGGAGCAGCCCGAGCCGGGAGGACCCGAGGAGGAGGAGGAAGAGGAAGGCCUGAUUGAGUUCCACCGUAAUUACCGAGAGCUCUUCCAGUUUUUCUGUAACAACACCACCAUCCAUGGAGCCAUCCGACUAGUGUGCUCCAAGCACAACCGAAUGAAGACAGCCUUCUGGGCUGUGCUGUGGCUCUGCACCUUCGGUAUGAUGUACUGGCAGUUUGGCCUGCUCUUUGGGGAGUACUUCAGCUACCCGGUUAAUCUCAACAUCAACCUCAAUUCUGACAAACUCGUCUUCCCUGCGGUCACUGUCUGCACCCUCAACCCAUACAGGUACUCUAAGAUCCAAGAGGAACUGGAAGAGCUGGAUCGCAUCACAGAGAAGACACUCUUUGACCUUUACAAGUACAACUCAUCACAGAGCCUCUCCAACAAGCUUCGAGUCCGAAGGGAGCUCCCAGGCACCCUACCCAACCCUUUAGUGAAGUUACAGGACCUCCAGUUCUUCUAUCACCGAAACAGAGCCUCUGGUGUCCAAGAGAACAACCCUCAGGUGGAUAAGAAUGACUGGAGGAUUGGCUUUAUCUUGUGUAACAAGAACAAAUCAGACUGCUUCUACCAGACCUAUUCCUCAGGGGUGGAUGCUGUCCGAGAAUGGUAUCGUUUUCAUUUUAUCAACAUUUUGGCUCGUCUGGACCCCCAAGAUCUGGAUGAGGCCUCAUUGGGUAAUUUCAUCUUUGCCUGUCGCUUCAACCAGGUAUCCUGUAACCAAGGGAAUUACUCCCAGUUUCAUCACCCCAUCUAUGGAAAUUGCUACACCUUCAAUGGCAAGAAUCACUCCAACCUCUGGAUGUCCUCUACACCUGGGAUCAAUAAUGGUCUGUCCCUGACACUACGAACAGAGAGAAAUGACUUCAUUCCACUGCUGUCCACGGUGACAGGGGCCAGGGUGAUGGUGCAUGGGCAAGAUGAACCAGCAUUCAUGGACGAUGGUGGCUUCAACCUUAGGCCAGGAGUGGAGACAUCUAUCAGCAUGACAAAGGAAACCCUGGACCGACUUGGGGGUGACUAUGGGGAUUGUACCAAGAAUGGCAGCAGCGAUGUCAAAGUCAAGAACUUCUAUUCUUCCAAGUAUACACAGCAGGUGUGUAUCCACUCCUGCUUCCAAGAAAAUAUGAUUGAGAAUUGUGGGUGUGCCUAUAUCUCCUACCCAAAGCCCGAUGAUGUGGAGUUUUGUGACUAUAAGAAGCACACAGACUGGGGUUACUGCUAUUACAAACUCCAAGAUGCCUUUGCCUCGGAUAACCUGGGGUGUUUCACAAAGUGCCGCAAGCCUUGUUUAGUGACCAGUUAUGAGUUGUCUGCUGGCUAUAGCCGAUGGCCCUCUGCAACAUCUCGGGACUGGGUGUUCCAGAUGUUGUCAAUACAGAAUAAUUAUACCAUCAGCUCCAAAAGUGGUGUUGCCAAACUCAACAUCUUCUUCAAAGAGCUGAAUUAUAAAACCAACUCAGAGUCUCCCUCUGUCACGAUGGUCACCCUCCUGUCCAACCUAGGCAGUCAGUGGAGCCUGUGGUUUGGCUCUUCCGUGCUUUCUGUGGUGGAGAUGGGUGAGCUGAUCCUUGACUUACUGGUUAUCACUGCCCUCUUGCUCCUCCGAAAGUUCCGGAGCCGCUACUGGGCUCCCAGCCAGACACCCCAGGGAUGCCAUGAGGUGGCCAUGGACUCCUCACUGCCCUGCUGCCAUUCAAGUGCCUCCUCCAACCAGUUUGGCCCCGACCCUUCUGCCCCGGUCCCACCACCUGCCUAUGCUACCCUGAGACUCCCAACAGUGAGCUAAGGCAGACACGGUAGCCACGACAAUAGCCUUGAGGCCCAGUCUUCCUCGUUGGCCCUAAGCAUCCUCAGACCUCAGUUGGUGUGCUUCCCCCAGCUCCACCAACUGCCUACAAUGUUCUCUCCCGUCCAUCCUUGUCACCUCUGUUCUUUGAGAAAUUUGAGCAAAUUGUAGCAAUUGUUCUCAUGACAUUCCAUUCUCCAGUGUAAUUUUUCCUUUGUACAUGUGUGGGCCUGG